AUGGCAUCCACUCCUCCUCCCUUUUCUGUCGAGAACGGCCACGUCUCAGAGAAGAGUGAUAUAACACCAGUUUCCAAUGGAGACGCUAUCGAGUCUACCAGCAUCAAUGAGAAGGCAUUGAUGCGAAAAAUAGAUUCAAGGCUACUUCCUGCAGUGACUCUGCUUUACCUCUGCUCUUUUCUCGACCGCAGCAAUGUGGGAAACGCUCGGCUCGAGGGUUUGUCAAGCGACCUUGACAUGACCGGAAAUCAGUAUCUCACCAGUCUCACUCUAUUCUUCAUUGGCUACGUCUUAUUCGAAGUCCCUUGCAAUAUUGUCCUCAAGCGCACGUCUCCGAAGUUCUGGCUUCCAACCAUGACGCUGAUGUGGGGCACCGUCUGUACACUAAUGGGCGUCUCACAGAGUCGCAUUGGCUUCUUCAUCGUGCGCUUCUUCCUCGGUGUGACUGAGAGUGGCCUCUUCGCAGGUGUGGUCUUUUAUCUAUCUAUGUGGUACAAAAGAGACGAAGUACACUUUCGUGUUGCGCUCUUUUUCAGCGCUGCAUCACUCGCCGGGGCCUUUGGUGGUAUUCUUGCCUGGGGCAUUGCUCAUAUGAGAGGCGUGGGUGGUUAUGCAGGAUGGCGUUGGAUCUUCAUCCUGGAAGGUCUUCUCACGGUCUCAGUGGGUGCUGGAGCUUAUUUAUUCAUAUUCAACUAUCCUGACACGGCGGGAAUACUUACGAGAGAUGAACGAAUAUUCAUCCAGCACCGGCUCAAGGAAGAUAAUGAUUCAGUCCGAGAUGAAGCAUUCAACUGGACUAACGUGUCAAAAGCCAUGGCAGAGGAAAUGCAUCAUCCAUCACAGGCAUAA